AUGUUUUUUCUCACUUCAGUAGGUAGAGUGACAGAUGGACUUAUCUUUGUGACAUCCAUGCUCUCAACUGUGGAGGCAGGACGUGAUAUCGAUUCAUUUAAAGAUGAAUCGAAAAGACUGCUGAAAUCCCUUUCUAGCAGUAGUGCGACACAAAUGCAAGUGACAUCCGGCGACUUAUGCUUCAGCUAUUUGAUCUAUGAAAACCUGUGUUUCUUGACCUUGACGGAGAAGAACAUGCAGAAGCGUGCGAUCUUUGCGUUUUUGGAAGAUGUGAAAACAUCCUUCCUGAACUAUGUGCAGACUGAAAACAGCACCGAAUGGAAGACAAUUCUCGCAACUACCGCUCGUCCCUACGCAUUUGCCCGUUUCGACAAGGAAAUCCAGGCAAAACGCCGUCUGUACGACCAGCCGUCGAGCAGUCUGGACAGCUAUGCGCAGCUGAGCGAAAACCUAAUCGACAUCCAGAACAUUAUGCGAAAGAACAUCGAUGAAGUGGUGCAUCGCGUGGAAAAGCUUGAUCAUGUGACGGCGACGAGCGAGCAGCUGAUGGAUGAUUCGAAGAAAUACAAGUGGGGAGCGAAGAAGCUGAAUUACAUGACGAUGCUCCGAAAGUAUGCGCCGCUUGCUUUCAUUGUGGGAUUUGUACUGAUAGUAGUUUACUUCCGUUUUCGAUAA